CUGAAGGACAGGGGUGAGGAGGUAAAGAGAGAGAGACUGAAAGAUAGGGGUGUGGAGGUAAAGAGAGAGAGACUGAAAGAUAGGGGUGUGGAGGUAAAGAGAGAGAGACUGAAGGACAGGGGUGCGGAGGUAAAGAGAGAGAGACUGAAGGACAGGGGUGUGGAGGUAAAGAGAGAGAGACUGAAGGACAGGGGUGCGGAGGGAAAGAGAGAGAGACUGAAGGAUAGGGGUGCGGAGGUAAAGAGAGAGACUGAAGGACAGGGGUGCGGAGGUAAAGAGACUGAAGGACGGGUGCAGAGGUAAAGAGAGAGAGACUGAAGGACAGGGGUGUGGAGGUAAAGAGAGAGACUGAAGGACAGGGGUGUGGAGGUAAAGAGAGAGAGACUGAAGGACAGGGGUGCGGAGGUAAAGAGAGAGACUGAAGGACAGGGGUGUGGAGGUAAAGAGAGAGAGACUGAAGGAUAGGGGUGCGGAGGUAAAGAGAGAGACUGAAGGACAGGGGUGCGGAGGUAAAGAGACUGAAGGACGGGUGCAGAGGUAAAGAGAGAGAGACUGAAGGACAGGGGUGUGGAGGUAAAGAGAGAGAGACUGAAGGACAGGGGUGCGGAGGGAAAGAGAGAGACUGAAGGACAGGGGUGCGGAGGGAAAGAGAGAGACUGAAGGACAUGGGUGUGGAGGUAAAGAGAGAGAGACUGAAGGAUAGGGGUGUGGAGGUAAAGAGAGAGAGACUGAAGGACAGGGGUGCGGAGGUAAAUAGAGAGAGACUUAAAGAUAGGGGUGUGGAGGUAAAGAGAGAGAGACUGAAAGAUAGGGGUGUGGAGGUAAAUAGAGAGAGACUGAAGGACAGGGGUGUGGAGGUAAAGAGAGAGAGACUGAAGGACAGGGGUGUGGAGGUAAAGAGAGAGAGACUGAAGGACAGGGGUGUGGAGGUAAAGAGAGAGAGACUGAAAGAUAGGGGUGUGGAGGUAAAGAAAGAGAGACUGAAGGACAGGGGUGAGGAGGUAAAGAGAGAGAGACUGAAGGACAGGGGUGUGGAGGUAAAGAGAGAGAGACUGAAGGACAGGGGUGAGGAGGUAAAGAGAGAGAGACUGAAGGACAGGGGUGUGGAGGUAAAGAGAGAGAGACUGAAGGACAGGGGUGAGGAGGUAAAGAGAGAGAGACUGAAGGACAGGGGUGUGGAGGUAAAGAGAGAGAGACUGAAGGACAGAGGUGUGGAGGUAAAGAGAGAGAGACUGAAGGACAGGGGUGAGGAGGUAAAGAGAGAGAGACUGAAGGACAGGGGUGUGGAGGUAAAGAGAGAGAGACUGAAGGACAGGGGUGUGGAGGUAAAGAGAGAGAGACUGAAGGACAGAGGUGUGGAGGUAAAGAGAGAGAGACUGAAGGACAGGGGUGAGGAGGUAAAGAGAGAGAGACUGAAGGACAGAGGUGUGGAGGUAAAGAGAGAGAGACUGAAGGACAGGGGUGAGGAGGUAAAGAGAGAGAGACUGAAGGACAGAGGUGUGGAGGUAAAGAGAGAGAGACUGAAGGACAGGGGUGUGGAGGUAAAGAGAGAGAGACUGAAGGACAGGGAUGUGGAGGUAAAGAGAGAGAGACUGAAGGAUAGGGGUGCGGAGGGAAAGAUAGAGAGACUGAAGGCCAGGGGUGUGGAGGUAAAGAGAGAGAGACUGAAGGACAGGGGUGAGGAGGUAAAGAGAGAGAGACUGAAAGAUAGGGGUGUGGAGGUAAAGAGAGAGAGACUGAAGGACAGGGGUGAGGAGGUAAAGAGAGAGAGACUGAAAGAUAGGGGUGUGGAGGUAAAGAGAGAGAGACUGAAAGAUAGGGGUGUGGAGGUAAAGAGAGAGAGACUGAAGGACAGGGGUGUGGAGGUAAAGAGAGAGAGACUGAAGGACAGGGGUGCGAAGGUAAAGAGAGAGAGACUGAAGGACAGGGGUGUGGAGGUAAAGAGAGAGAGACUGAAGGACAGGGGUGCGGAGGUAAAGAGAGAGAGACUGAAGGACAGGGGUGUGGAGGUAAAGAGAGAGAGACUGAAGGACAGGAGAGCGGAGGUAAAGAGAGAGACUGAAGCACAGGGGUGUGGAGGUAAAGAGAGAGAGACUGAAGGAUAGGGGUGCGGAGGUAAAGAGAGAGACUGAAGGAUAGGGGUGCGAAGGUAAAGAGAGAGAGACUGAUGGAUAGGGGUGCGGAGGUAAAGAGAGAGAGACUGAAGGAUGGGGGUGCGAAGGUAACGAGAGAGAGACCGAUGGAUAGGGGUGCGGAGGUAAAGAGAGAGAGACUGAAGGACAGGGGUGCGAAGGUAAAGAGAGAGAGACUGAAGGACAGGGGUGUGGAGGUAAAGAGAGAGAGACUGAAGGACAGGGGUGCGGAGGUAAAGAGAGAGAGACUGAAGGACAGGGGUGUGGAGGUAAAGAGAGAGAGACUGAAGGACAGGAGAGCGGAGGUAAAGAGAGAGACUGAAGCACAGGGGUGUGGAGGUAAAGAGAGAGAGACUGAAGGAUAGGGGUGCGGAGGUAAAGAGAGAGACUGAAGGAUAGGGGUGCGGAGGGAAAGAUAGAGAGACUGAAGGCCAGGGGUGUGGAGGUAAAGAGAGAGAGACUGAAGGACAGGGGUGAGGAGGUAAAGAGAGAGAGACUGAAGGACAGGGAUGUGGAGGUAAAGAGAGAGAGACUGAAAGAUAGGGGUGUGGAGGUAAAGAGAGAGAGACUGAAGGACAGGGGUGAGGAGGUAAAGAGAGAGAGACUGAAAGAUAGGGGUGUGGAGGUAAAGAGAGAGAGACUGAAAGAUAGGGGUGUGGAGGUAAAGAGAGAGAGACUGAAGGACAGGGGUGUGGAGGUAAAGAGAGAGAGACUGAAGGACAGGGGUGCGAAGGUAAAGAGAGAGAGACUGAAGGACAGGGGUGUGGAGGUAAAGAGAGAGAGACUGAAGGACAGGGGUGCGGAGGUAAAGAGAGAGAGACUGAAGGACAGGGGUGUGGAGGUAAAGAGAGAGAGACUGAAGGACAGGGGUGCGGAGGGAAAGAGAGAGAGACUGAAGGAUAGGGGUGUGGAGGUAAAGAGAGAGAGACUGAAGGACAGGAGAGCGGAGGUAAAGAGAGAGACUGAAGCACAGGGGUGUGGAGGUAAAGAGAGAGAGACUGAAGGAUAGGGGUGCGGAGGUAAAGAGAGAGACUGAAGGAUAGGGGUGCGAAGGUAAAGAGAGAGAGACUGAUGGAUAGGGGUGCGGAGGUAAAGAGAGAGAGACUGAAGGAUGGGGGUGCGAAGGUAACGAGAGAGAGACCGAUGGAUAGGGGUGCGGAGGUAAAGAGAGAGAGACUGAAGGACAGGGGUGCGAAGGUAAAGAGAGAGAGACUGAAGGACAGGGGUGUGGAGGUAAAGAGAGAGAGACUGAAGGACAGGGGUGCGGAGGUAAAGAGAGAGAGACUGAAGGACAGGGGUGUGGAGGUAAAGAGAGAGAGACUGAAGGACAGGGGUGCGGAGGGAAAGAGAGAGAGACUGAAGGAUAGGGGUGCGGAGGUAAAGAGAGAGACUGAAGGACAGGGGUGCGGAGGUAAAGAGACUGAAGGACGGGUGCAGAGGUAAAGAGAGAGAGACUGAAGGACAGGGGUGUGGAGGUAAAGAGAGAGACUGAAGGACAGGGGUGUGGAGGUAAAGAGAGAGAGACUGAAGGAUAGGGGUGCGGAGGUAAAGAGAGAGACUGAAGGACAGGGGUGCGGAGGUAAAGAGACUGAAGGACGGGUGCAGAGGUAAAGAGAGAGAGACUGAAGGACAGGGGUGUGGAGGUAAAGAGAGAGACUGAAGGACAGGGGUGUGGAGGUAAAGAGAGAGAGACUGAAGGACAGGGGUGCGGAGGUAAAGAGAGAGACUGAAGGACAGGGGUGUGGAGGUAAAGAGAGAGAGACUGAAGGAUAGGGGUGCGGAGGUAAAGAGAUAGAGACUGAAGGAUAGGGGUGCGAAGGUAAAGAGAGAGAGACUGAUGGAUAGGGGUGCGGAGGUAAAGAGAGAGACUGAAGGACAGGGGUGCGGAGGUAAAGAGACUGAAGGACGGGUGCAGAGGUAAAGAGAGAGAGACUGAAGGACAGGGGUGUGGAGGUAAAGAGAGAGAGACUGAAGGACAGGGGUGCGGAGGGAAAGAGAGAGACUGAAGGACAGGGGUGCGGAGGGAAAGAGAGAGACUGAAGGACAUGGGUGUGGAGGUAAAGAGAGAGAGACUGAAGGAUAGGGGUGCGGAGGGAAAGAGAGAGAGACUGAAGGACAGGGGUGCGGAGGUAAAGAGAGAGACUGAAGGAUAGGGGUGCGAAGGUAAAGAGAGAGAGACUGAUGGAUAGGGGUGCGGAGGUAAAGAGAGAGAGACUGAAGGAUGGGGGUGCGAAGGUAACGAGAGAGAGACCGAUGGAUAGGGGUGCGGAGGUAAAGAGAGAGACUGAAGGACAGGGGUGUGGAGGUAAAGAGAGAGAGACUGAAGGACAGGGGUGCGAAGGUAAAGAGAGAGAGACUGAAGGACAGGGGUGUGGAGGUAAAGAGAGAGAGACUGAAGGACAGGGGUGCGGAGGUAAAGCGAGAGAGACUGAAGG